ACAUAACCUAUUUUACAAUAACAAAAAUAUUAAUAGUUUUUUAAUUCCUAAAGGCUGCAAAGAACAAAUAAAAUGAUACCUGGCAAGAGAGAUGUUACAUACAUUAAUCAUCAAUAUGUCAUAGAGUAUCUCAUUACGGUUCCAUAUGAUGAUUCUAUAGAGGAAUUAGCUCAUAUUAUUAUAAUUAAAAACAAUUUACCCCUAUACGUGGAAAAAGAAUUGAAGAAAGAUAUUAAGAAAUUUAUCGAAUAUAAAACAGCUGAAUAUUAUGAAGAUACAUCUACUGAUGUAGUUCAGAAAGCUAAAGACCAGCAACCUGAUAUUGAUGGCAUUAUAAAACAAUGGGAAAAAAUUAUGAGAGAAGAGCUCAUAGAAUUUGGAGAAAAGCGUUGUGCAUCAGAUGAAGAAUUAUUUGCUACAGCGUAUCACAAACUUGUGCAUUCACCUGCCUUAGAAACUAUGCUACAAUAUGAACAUAUGUAUUCCAAGACCAUUAGGCAGAAAACUGAAAAAAGGAACAUGAUGAUCAAAAAAUUAUCAGAUAGGCAAAGUGAAGAAAUGAACAAGGCCGUUAAUAGAUUAGAACAAGACAUGACUGAGAGCAAAAUUAAUGAAUUAGUAUCGAGACACUACGAAACUCAUUCUCUUUUACAAGGAAAAUUAAGUAGUGAAAUCGAUACAAUGAAAGAAGCUCAAAGGCGUGAAUAUAGAGAGUGGAUUAUGGAAAUGCUCGAAGAAAAUCAAGCAAACUCUUCUUUGCCAACCCCCAGUUCUCCGCUAAACCCAGCUUAUGCUGAAAAUUUCAAAAGUCGUGAAUGCAACUCGAGAAGUCAAAUAAAUCUUCCAAUACUAGAGGAAAGUUUCACUAUACAUUUGGGUUCACAGUUAAAGCAAAUGCAUAAUAUUAGGAUUCUAUCAGCAAGUGUCAUGGAACUUUGUGCUAUUGAAGAUAAUGAACAAAUGUCAGAACCAACACCCCAAUUUCUUCAAACAGCUCUAGGCUUAUAUUCCGAUGACUUGACGGGCCUAGUUUUAAUGACGGAUAAUAAAAUAGGAUCCAGAUUAUCCCAAGGCUUUCAAGAGGUGUGCCAGAGAACAACGGAAUUUCAUUUCCCACACAUUGAAGAACAACUAGACAGAAUUUCUGACGUUGCAAAUAAAUACUUAAAAAACCCCCAGCCACAAACAUCUAGAAAUGCAAAUAGUGAACUUCUGGAGCGUGGCGAUUUUUACUUGACAAGUCAUUCUAAUCUAGCUCAAGUACAUGUAAUUUUUCAUAUAGUUACAGAUGAUAGUCUGAAGGGAAGCGACAUAAACAGUAGGCAUCCCGUUGUAUUAGGACUCAGGCAUAUUUUGAAAACGGCCUGCGCAAAUGACAUUACAUCUUUAACUAUACCAUUACUACUUCAAUAUGAAAUGACUGAGGAUAUGACUAUCAACUGGUGUGAAAAAAGAGCCGAACUGGUUUUCAAAUGCGUGAAGGGAUUUAUGAUUGAAAUGGCAUCUUGGGGUGGAUCCGAACUUAAAAAUCUUCAGUUUAUGCUUCCAGAGGGGAUUUCAAGUGGAGUUUUCACGUCAAUGACAGAGAUGCUGCCAAGAAUUUUCAAGGUGUGUAAUCCAAAAAUACUGAAUUAGAUCGUAAAGAUAGAUUAUAAUUUUUUUAACAUUCACAUUUAUUGUCUUAUAUUCGAUACGGAAUUGCAGGGCAUAAUGCCAUAAAAAUCGCAAGCACCAGAAAAUCAUGAAUUGUAGAUCGUAAUAAAUAACUGUUUAAUAA